AUGGAGAGACUCGAGCUUUUCUGCCCGCAGUGUAAGAGCAACUCGUACAUAAACCCGGGAAUGAAGGUCUUUGUCAGCCCGUGCUACCACAGUCUGUGCGAGAUGUGCGUGUCUCGCCUGUUUUCUAACGGGCCAAAUAAGUGCCCAGAGUGUGGGAUUUCUCUGAGAAGGUCGAACUACACCAGCCAGACCUUCGAGGAUGUAAGCAUAGAAAGAGAGUGCCGCGUGCGGAAGAUUGUUUCUUCUCAGAUAGGGAAGUCACUCGACGACUUCUCAGACGAGGAGGACUACAACGAGCAUCUGGAGAGAGUCGAGGAGGUUGUGGAGGAGCUCCUGCAGAUGAAAGGCCCGAAGGAGAUAACUGCCCGCAUGCAGGAGAUCAGGGAGAGCAUGAGGGAAGAGGCACGGACUCUCGACGAGCCCAGCAAGAGGAGAAAGAUAGAGUGCAUUGAGGAGGUAAAGCUUACUCCUCACGUGGACUCUGUGAAGUACUUCUUCCCCCCGGAUGCAAUAGAGCAGAGCACAAUCCCGAAAAAAGUCGUAAGUGCAGGAGUCUUUGCAGAACUUUCAAGGUACCGAGAGCUUGCCAGCAUCAUGAUCCGGAAGGCUUCAGUUUCUCUGAACGUGGGUACACUAUAG